AAGCCAAAUACCCGUAACUGUGCUUUGUCACAGGACUGCCUCCAUGCUACAAUAUAAUGCGUCCAAUGAGUUAUCUGUCUCUUCUACCGUUAAAAUGACUUGUUCAAUUAGCUUUCUUCCACAAUCGUUUCCGUUAUGAGCUAGCUCUUCGCUCAUCCUGCACUCACCAACCCUUCUAUACUGGUAAUGGAGAAGAUGAACAAUGGCAGCAUCGUCACCACGAAAACUCUCAAGUUCCGAGUCCAAAACGGCGAGGUCCUCUAUGGGGUAUCUCUCCUCAGCUUCUCCCCGACAGUCGCAGAGAUCUUAGGCUACGUCGGUUACGACUUUGUCCUCAUCGAUAUGGAGCACGGCCCCGGCGGAAUCUCAGACGCCCUCCCCUGUAUCCACGCACUCGCCGCCACCCAAACUCCCGCCAUCUUCCGCGUUCCCGAGAACUCCCCCGUUUGGGUCAGGAAGGCCAUCGACCUCGGCGCACAGGGUAUCAUUUUCCCCAUGAUUGACGACCCUGAAUCAGCCACAAAGGCGGUGUCGUAUUGCCGAUAUCCGCCAGCCGGAGUUCGAGGGGCCGGAUCCAUCGCUAGAGCGUCGAGAUACGGGCUCGAUCCGAAUUACCCGGACCAAUCCCAUAAGGAGUUGCUGAUUAUUUGUCAGAUAGAAUCAGAGGCGGGCGUCAAGAACGUGAAAGACAUUGCGAGCGUGGACGGCGUGGACAUGAUAAUGGUGGGCCCGCUUGACCUGAGCGCCAGCAUAGGUUGCUUGACGAACCCCAAGAAUGAGAGGGUGAAGAAGAUGAUCGACGAAGUGGAAAAGACGGUUUUAGGCCUUGAAGGCAAAAAUGGUGGUGGACCUUACUUGGGAAGGUUUGGAACCGCAAGCGAUGGACCUGAACAAUAUCAGAAUCGUGGGUAUCGCUUGAUUCGUGUUAAUGUGGAUGUAAUCCUCUUCAAAAACGCCUGCCUUGAGGACAUCAAGAAGUUCAAGUCAGCAAAAUGAAUGGAUAUCGAUUUGGAUCUUCCUCUAGGUUGUAACAGUAGACAAAUAAAAUAACUUGAUGUUUCUGCAAAAUUGUGGUUGUAUCUGUUGUGUCAAACAAUAACAAGCUGAUUUAUUUCGUAGCUGCUCAUGUGUUUGUACUUUGUAUGUCUAAAUCUUAUCGUCAAAAUUGAAAUUCCUUCCGUU